CCGCAAGUCAUUCUUCUACCCCGCAUCAUAGCGCUGGCGCCAACUGCCUUCAGGACUCGUAUAAAGGUUUCGCAUUGAAUCGUCCGAAGACGAGAGUCGUAUAUCAACUCCCCGUUCUCAUAGCUUAUCAGCUCAAUUCGCAGGAGACUUCUUCUUUCCAUCAUGCUUGCACGAUCUGUUCAUCGAACGUCUCGCUCAUCGAGCUCAACGAAGAGGAUUGUUUUGCGUGGACUGGCCACAGAGGCGAAGAAUAUACGGCCUGACACGCCUGACAAUCUACCACUCACUGGUAUCAGAGUUCUCGAGCUCGGUCAACUUAUUGCAGGACCCUUCGCUGGGCAACUGCUCGGUCACUUUGGUGCAGAAGUGAUCAAGGUAGAACCACCACUAACGGGUGAUCCUCUUCGCGUAUGGCGCGAACUAGACGUGGACGGUACCAGCCCAUGGUUCCGUAGUCUCGGACGCAACAAGAAGAGCGUCACAAUCGACCUGCGAAAAGACGAAGGAAGGGCAUUGGUGAAGAAGCUCGCAUUAAAAAGCGAUGUCAUCCUCGAGAAUUUCAAACCAGGCACUCUGGAAAAAUGGGGCCUCGGACCAGACGACCUUCGCCCCUUGAACCCUUCGCUCAUCUUCACUCGCGUCUCCGGCUACGGUCAAACCGGCCCCUGGGCCAAACGACCAGGAUACGCCUCCGUGUGCGAAGCAGAGUCCGGGUUUCGUUAUAUCAAUGGUUUUCCGGAUCUUCAGACGGGUGGCCUUGCCGGGCCACCUGUCAGGCCGAAUAUUAGUUUGGGGGAUUCGGUGGCGGGGUUGCACGCUGCUUUUGGCACGGUAUUGGCAUUGCUUGCAAGGCGUGUCAAGCAGGAUAACGGCCUAUCCGGAGGGUCGACAGUGGACGUCAGUAUACUGGAGAGUAUGUUAAAUCUUAUGGAAGGCAUCAUCCCUGAAUACGAUCGUAAAGGCAAAGUCCGCGGUCCCUCAGGCUCCUCCGUCACCGGCAUCGUCCCCACAAACGCCUAUCCCUGUCGUCCCUCGCCCUCCGCCCCCUCUGCGCCCUCCUACAUCGUCAUCGGCGCCAACGGCGACAGCAUCUACGAACGUCUCAUGAAAGUGAUCGACCGGCCGGACCUCAUUGGCCCUUCAUAUAAACACAACAAUCACCGCGUCGAACGGCAAGCCGAGAUCGAGAACGCGAUUUCAGGUUGGACAAGCGCAAGGAGUGCGGAGGAGGUAGAGACGAUUUUGAACGAGGUGGGUGUGCCGGUGGGGAGGGUGUGUACUGUGAAGGAGGUUGUGGAGGGAGAGCAGAUUAAGGCUCGUGGUGGAGUUGAGGAUGUUUGGGUACCGAAUUCGAAGGGGAGGAGUGCGGGUGCGGGUGCGGGUGGGAAGGUAGAGGGAGAGGAUGGAUGGACGAUGAAGAUGCCGAUGGUCGCUCCUAUAUUGGAGGGUUGUGAUCCUAAAACGAGGUGGGCAGGUCCGGAUCUGGGGAUGCAUAAUGAGGAUGUAUUGGUGGAUCAUCUCGGACUUUCAGAGAACGAGGUUAGGGGACUGGUGGAUAGGGGUAUUGUUGGAGCCUUCACGUCGAAGGUGGCUCAAGAGCAGGAUGGGUUGGGGCCGGAUCUGGGUGCCUAUAAGCAGAAGGUGGAUACACAAGCUUUGGGAAAGUGAGUGUAGUUACUGGACGCUUCUUGUGAGCACUUGCGUUCGUUGUAAUUGUAUCGUUGUGUUGUUUGCUCUCCAGCUUGUGAGAUGGGGGCAGACGUUUGCUAUUGAUACUUGAUAGUC